UUGGCCGGCCGCGCUUCAGCACCCGUCGAGCCGGACAGCGCCUGCUGCAUGGAGCUGCCCGCCGCGGCCGCGGACGCAGUCGGGAGUCCGGCCGCCGCCGCCGCCGCCGCCGCCCUCAUCUCCUUCACCGGGGGCCCCGGGGAGCUGGAACUGGCGUUAGAGGAGGAGCUGGCGCUGCUGGCGGCCGGGGAACGGCCGUCCGACCCCGGGGAGCAUCCUCAGGCCGAUCUCGGGCCUCCGGCCGAGGGGGCCGGACCGCAGCCGCCGCCCGCCCAGGAUCCCGAGCUGCUGUCCGUGAUUCGGCAGAAGGAGAAGGAUCUGGUGUUGGCGGCCCGGCUGGGCAAGGCGCUGCUCGAGAGGAACCAGGACAUGAGCCGGCAGUACGAGCAGAUGCACAAGGAGCUGACGGAUAAGCUGGAGCACUUAGAACAAGAAAAACACGAACUAAGGAGACGAUUUGAGAACCGAGAAGGGGAGUGGGAAGGGCGCGUCUCAGAGCUGGAGAGUGAUGUGAAACAGCUUCAGGAUGAGCUGGAGAGGCAGCAAGUUCAUCUACGGGAAGCAGAUCGAGAAAAAACACGGGCUGUCCAGGAAUUAUCAGAACAGAACCAAAGGUUAUUGGAUCAACUUAGCAGGGCAUCAGAAGUUGAGAGACAACUCUCCAUGCAGGUCCAUGCCCUCAGAGAAGACUUCAGGGAGAAAAACUCCUCAACCAACCAGCACAUCAUCCGGCUCGAAAGCCUUCAGGCCGAGCAGGUUCUUGAAAUCAAGAUGCUGUCGGAUCGGAAACGGGAGCUGGAGCAUCGUCUCAGCGCCACCUUAGAGGAAAAUGACCUGCUCCAAGGGACCGUGGAGGAGCUACAGGACCGGGUGCUGAUCCUGGAGAGGCAGGGCCAUGACAAAGACCUACAGCUGCAUCAAAGCCAGCUGGAGCUCCAGGAGGUGCGGCUCUCCUACCGACAGCUGCAGGUGAAGGUGGAGGAGCUCACUGAGGAGAGGAGUCUGCAGAGCUCUGCCGCCACCAGCACGUCCCUGCUGUCCGAGAUAGAGCAGAGCAUGGAGGCCGAGGAGCUGGAGCAGGAGAGGGAGCAGCUGAGACUACAGCUCUGGGAAGCAUACUGCCAGGUUCGCUAUCUCUGCUCACACCUUCGAGGAAAUGACAGUGCUGACUCGGCUGUCUCCACGGACUCCUCAAUGGACGAGUCUUCAGAAACCUCCUCUGCUAAGGAUGUGCCAGCCGGCAGCUUGCGCACUGCCCUCAGCGAGCUCAAGAGACUCAUACAGAGCGUUGUGGACGGCGUGGAGCCCACGAGCUCCCGGAGAAUUGACGAUGACUCCUUAGAAGAACAGAUAAGGCAAACCAGUGAGGAUUCAAGAGCCCUAAGGGAACUCAUGGAGGGAGAGAGGGGUAAACUGAGGCAAAGCCUAGAAGAACUGCAGCGACUCCACACACAGGUGACACUGCUGAGUGUGGAGAUGACUGCACUGAAGGAGGAGAGAGAUCAACUCAGAGUGACAUCUGAGGACAAGGAACCAAAGGAACAGCUUCAGAAGGCCAUCAGGGACCGGGACGAGGCCAUUGCAAAGAAGAACGCUGUGGAACUGGAACUCGCCAAGUGCAAGAUGGACAUGAUGUCUCUCAACAGCCAGCUGCUGGAUGCCAUUCAGCAGAAGCUGAACCUCUCACAGCAGCUUGAGGCUUGGCAGGAUGACAUGCACAGGGUCAUUGACCGGCAGCUGAUGGACACACACCUGAAGGAACGGAGCCGGCCUGCUGCUGCCCUCUCCAGGGCCCACGGCGCGGGGCGCGGGGACGAGCCCAGCACCGCUGAAGGCAAACGGCUCUUCUCAUUCUUCAGGAAAAUUUGAGUUGGGAGGAGUCAGGCCAGCGAGGAUGGGUGGACUGGAAGUGACUGAAAAGGGGGUGUGGGCAAGGGCCCUCCCAGGCCGGGCUCAGUGGCUGCACCGCCCACCCACACUGGGGCCAAGGGGUCUAGGAGGGCCCACUUGGCCUCUGAAGGCUGCCCUCAACAGAGGGACAGGCAGGAGCCCUGCCCCCACCACCCGGCCAAGCCCAGCCUGGGCUUUUCCAGGAUCUGCUGUUGAGCAGGGCUCAGGCUGCCUCCAGAGUGGCCCCUUGGUCGGGCUUUGCGGCUCAGACCCAACAGAUCGCAGCCCACCUCACCACCCCUCAGUGGCUCCCGUGCCCAACCCCAGGCACCGCUGCCCUCCUGUUUUGGAAUAUGGGGAACAGAAGAAAUGGAGGCCCUUCUCUGCAUGCCUG